UCUGUUGCUGAGACUAGCAGGAUAAUAUUCGACUACUUGUUCCUUAACUUGAAGACAUAUCCUUACUUAACGAUGAAAUUAGCAGAUUACCAGUAUAUAGUAAAAAAUAUACACCACUCGUGGAAUAGAAAUUGCCUCCAGGACUUGGCAAAGAAAUUUCCAGAAUAUUCAAUGGAGACUAUAGGAAGUAUUUAUUCGCAGGAAUAUCAGAAAAAGAUGAAAAAGACCCAUUUUAAGCAUUAUACCCAGCAUAUUACAGAAGAGUAUUAUGACAGGUACCAAAUAGCCAUAGGACAGGGUCAGGAACAAGUGUUAGUGAAAAUGUCAGAGGAGGUGGACCUUUCACCUAUUCUUCUGGCUAGAAUUGUCCUGGAAAGACAUUUAGCUCACACAGUGUAUGGUGGAGAAAAUGUGCCAAAAAGUGUACUUAGUCAACAGUUGAAAGAUCCCAGUUUAAUAGAAGAUGCCGUGCUGGCCAAUGAAGUCAGUCUGUGUCUUCUCAUGGAUGAUAAUUAUGGUCAUUAUGUGGACACUAUAAAACACUCAGUCGGUCAUGAAUAUGAGCUGCUGCUUAAGGAAAAAGUGGAAGAAAAAGGUCUAGCUUAUUUAGGUGAAGAUCAGCUGAGAAUUAGAGGAUAUGACAAGACUCCAGACACAAAGCUAGAGGUGCCAAUAGCUGUAGAUGGCCAUGUUGUAAAUUGGAUUGAAAGUAAAGCAUCAUUUGGAGAUGAAGACAGUCAUAAGGGAUAUCUAAAAGACCAGUUUUGGAGUUACUGGAACAGAUUUGGGCCUGGAUUGGUUAUCUACUGGUUUGGUUUCAUUGAUGAACUGGACACAAACAGGGACAAGGGCAUCCUACUCAUGGACCACUUUCCAGAGAAUAUAGUAUACAUGAACCCUAAAAUAGUGUCUAGGGCACAGUCUGUAACUUGAGUUUUGUAACUUGAGAAUUGGCUUUUCAUUUUUUCAUAUCACCACAUAAAAUGCAAAUGCUGUACCUGAAGAUGCAGCAUGUACCAGAAAGAAAAAAGAAUGUACCUGGCCUGUAGCCAGGGUAGGGUUUAGAGCAAAUCACCUUUCUUGCUGCUGUGGGCAAAAAUUGAUAUAGAUACAAUGUUUUAGUGGUAAAAGGUCCGCUUCUUUUCUGAAAAAGACCCCUCCCCUUCAAAUUUGCUGGCUAGUAGCCUAGGCUCCGUAUUUCGAAAGGUUUGUUAUGUUGCGCAUGUGCGCAAGUGUCUCAAUUCCAUGGCCCCGUAUCUCGAAAUAGAAUCGGUUAUGGAAUCGAGACGCUUGAGCACGUGUGCAACAUAGCGAACCUUUCGAGAUACGGAGCCCUGGUUUUCCAGGCUGUCUACUAAAGUGGGUGCCAUUCCUGUAAACAGAUACAGCAUGCACUAGUAUUUUGUCAAGGCAGUCACACCUAGCAUGUAGCACUAAAGAAAUAUUACCCAUACACAGACAAAUGCAAGGUCUUCAUAAGAAUUAUGUUGUAUACUCAGGCACACAUUGGUGUUCACUCCCUUACUCUGAGGGAGAUACAGUGUUUUAAGCAUGUUCAAAAAAACAAUUUCAAACCCAUCUUGUAUCUUCAUUUUAAUAUUUUGAUAUGCUGGAAAUGGGAUGGUAUCUUUAUUUUAAUAUGCUGGAAACGGGAUGGUGUCUUCAUUUUGAUAUGCUGGAAACGGGGUGAUUUCAUGCAUUCAAAGUUGUGUGUAUAACUGGUGUCACAUGAUACUCAUACAUGUCUUUAUGCUAGGUGUGACAGAGCCUGCACUUAGGGCAUGUGGUAUCAGUAUAUUAUAGUCCGGAGAAUCACCAAAAAUUACAAUACGCUUAGCAAUUUCUUGUUCAGAUUUUUGUCAUAACAUUGACAGAUGUUGAAAACUUAUUAAUAAAUAUUGAAAAUUUGUCACAGGUUGUCAGUUACAUUAAGGUUGAUGAUAUAUACUUCAUUUCUAUUCAAGGUCACCAGCUGACUGACAGUGAGGUACUGUUGUCCUCCCAGUUGUAUCAUUUUAGACCUUUUGGUCCAAAGAAAAAAUGUGGUGUAAGAUCAGACGUGUAUUUUUAACACCAAAAAAGAUUAUUGUAGACGUAUCAAAAUAAGUUUUUCAGUUGCAGUGUGACAGUGUCAAAAUAUAUAUGAAUACUGGUCAGAAUUGGAAAAUAUUUUAUUUUGAAAUUUUGCAAUGAAAAAACUGAAGUGUUAGGCUUGGGAAACGAUGCCUUUUUGACAUUGCAUAGUAUUCACAGUGUCAUAAUAAAAAAAAAAAAAAAAAA